GAGUAUACUAAUAAAAUAAAUAAAUGUAGUAUUUUUGUUUUUAAGAAACAGCGUAAGAAUCUUCUUCAAUCAAAUUUGCUUGGCCUUCUCUAUCAAUCUCUCCUGCUCUUUCUCUUCUUUUGUUUCUCUAUUCAUGAAAGAAACUCAUUUAUUGCAUUUCUAACUAAACCCUGUGACUACCUGUUCUCCUGACAUUUCAACUGUCUCUCGAAGCCUAAAAUCGUCCUCCUAUGCUCAUAUCCCAUGCUUCUUUGGGUCCUUGAGCUGCUUCUUUGUCAGAUUUCUCUUCAUUGUUUUUUCCCCUUUAUUUCAUACUUCGAAGGACUAAAGGGAAAGAGAGAAUGAAGAUUUGGAAAUUGGUUUUUGUUGGGAUUCUCUGCUAUGCUGCCUUUGCAUCGACUGUUGGUGCUGUGAAGCUGGGCAGGAGUCAACCCACUGAGAGGAUUUCAGGUAGCGCUGGUGAUGUUUUGGAAGAUGAUCCUGUGGGCAGACUAAAAGUUUUUGUUUAUGAACUUCCAAGCAAAUACAACAAGAAGAUUCUGCAAAAGGAUCCAAGAUGCCUCACCCACAUGUUUGCUGCUGAGAUAUUUAUGCAUCGGUUUCUCUUAUCUAGCCCUGUUCGAACGCUCAAUCCUGAGGAAGCUGAUUGGUUUUAUACCCCUGUAUACACCACUUGUGACUUGACACCAAAUGGCCUCCCUUUGCCUUUUAAAUCACCAAGAAUUAUGAGAAGUGCUAUCCAGCUUAUUUCUUCAAACUGGCCUUAUUGGAAUCGGACUGAAGGAGCUGAUCACUUUUUUGUUGUGCCCCAUGACUUUGGAGCAUGCUUCCAUUAUCUAGAAGUGAAGGCAAUUGAAAGAGGAAUUCUUCACUUGCUCCAACGUGCUACCUUGGUGCAAACUUUUGGACAACGGAAUCAUGUUUGCUUAAAAGAGGGCUCAAUAACCGUUCCUCCAUAUGCCCCUCCACAGAAAAUGCAAGCCCACCUUAUUCCUGAGAAAACUCCUAGAUCUAUCUUCGUCUACUUCAGAGGGUUGUUUUAUGAUGUGGGAAAUGACCCAGAAGGUGGCUACUAUGCAAGAGGUGCUCGAGCAGCAGUGUGGGAGAACUUCAAGGACAAUCCACUUUUUGACAUAUCCACAGAGCACCCAACUACAUACUAUGAAGACAUGCAACGAGCUGUGUUUUGUUUGUGUCCACUUGGCUGGGCCCCCUGGAGUCCAAGAUUGGUUGAAGCAGUUAUAUUUGGUUGCAUUCCUGUCAUCAUAGCAGAUGAUAUUGUUUUACCCUUUGCUGAUGCAAUACCAUGGGAAGAGAUUGGGGUAUUUGUUGAUGAGAAAGAUGUACCCAACUUGGACACCAUUCUGACUUCAAUCCCGCCUGAAGUAAUACUGAGGAAGCAGAGAUUACUCGCAAACCCUUCAAUGAAGCAGGCAAUGCUAUUCCCACAACCUGCUCAACCAGGAGAUGCUUUCCAUCAAGUUCUGAAUGGACUUGCACGUAAACUGCCACAUGUCAAAAGUAUUUACUUGAAGCCAGGUGAGAAGAUCUUGAACUGGACUGCAGGUCCAGUUGGUGAUCUGAAGCCUUGGUAGGAGCUAUAACAUACACAUUUCUUUGAAGAAAUUCUUAGUAUUCAUUCCCUUAGCCCACCCAACAGAGUUUCUCAAAAGUGUGAAUCUUGAUUACCACACUGUUUUAGGGAAUGGGGACGCUGCUUCGACCAUAAGUAGUUUUUAUUAUUAUUUUUUUAAACCUUUUAUGUAAAGGAACUUUUUAUCAGGACUGAACUGUGUUUCAAUUAUUGGAGUCAUUAAAUUGCUAAAUGCGAGCAACUAAGAUUACUAUUAAGUGCCAA